UUGUUUGUCACAGUGUUAGGAGAGAUUGGAUGUAACCGGCGAGAGGAGUACCUAGGCGUGUUUGUGCAUAUGGACAGCUACAGCUGAUGCUGAUGGCACCUACUGAGGUGGAAGCUCAGAAUCGUGAUGGAACCUCAUUGACCUCUCAAGAUACGACAAACUGCUCACGAGACCUUUUGCUCGUUACGAACACACUUUUUGCACAUGAGUGACAUGUCUCAAGAUGAGAGCGUGAGACGGGCAUGUGUUGAUACCUCUACCGGUAAUGCGGUACUUCAUUCUAGGGUAUCCUCCGGCGGCUUGGCGCCCACUGGCAGCGGCAGCAUCAACCCUGCCAACCAGCGCCUUGAUUGCUUCCACUUCGCUAUCGAUAACCACCCGCGGGGCCCUCAUGUAUACGCGGGACCGAUGUGGAUGGGACUCGGGGACCCAACAUCAACCACUCACUUCAACACCUGCCCACCUUGGUUCGGGUACCUUAAGCUUCCCUUUCAUCCUUCAAGCCUUUUUUUUCCCUUUCCUCCCUGGAUACUGCUUACAAGGACCACUGGAAACUGCUCGGUUGAACAAGUCUGUCUCAACCACCCGACUGUUUGCCCUACACGAGGCUCCAUCACCAAGGCAACCGCACAGGUUCUCGACCAUCUCAGACUCGGUCAUCUUUUCGAGAGACGGAGCGUCCAAAUUACUUUGUACUCCAUCCCUCACAGACCACUCACCUCGCUGCAUCAGUGCAUAUCUGAAGCUUCCCCGUCCACUCCCACCUCCCGUCUAUCCGGAUUCCAUCCCGACCUUGAACUUCCAUCCGACCUAGCUAGCGCCUUUCACGAGUAACGGUCGUAGUCGACUCCAUACCUGGUCUUUCAAAAGCUUUGCCUCCCUCGAACACUGGACUUUGACCUCAUUCCUCCACAGCCGUCCUCAUUACCAGUCUCAUCCUGUACACCCAUCAUCAGGAGACAGAACAUAUCGCCACCCCAGGCACGGAAUCUG